AACAAAGGCAACCAAAUGGCGUCCGGAUACGGGAACGGAGACACCCAGGAACCACAUCGUCCGAACGCGAAUACGAAAAAAAACCCUAUAAACAUAUUGAAAUUGCCAGUUUGCUUCGGAGUAUUAAUGGCGCUCAACAGCUUCCGAUUCUUUGCCAGCUUCCAAAGGUUUCAGCGAUUUAGCACGGGCGCUAAAAAAGUCGGUGGCAGCGGGCGCAAAGACGAUGAGGAUGGCACACCGAAACUUGACCAAAAAGAUGCAAAUAUUGAUGUAGAUGUCGGUGCCAUCAAUGCAAAGCAUAUGGAGAAACUGUUUGCAAAAUGGCUACAGGACGAGUCCUCCAUUCAUGAGUCGUGGCAAAAAUACUUUAGUGAAAUGGUUAAGGAGAACUUCAAGGAUUGCUCUAAGGAUAAAUCGAACCCUGACACUGAUGCCAACCCAGGAGCUGUCAAGGAUCUAACAAAGGAACAAACCGAACCAGAAAGUGCACACCUUGGUUCACCAAUUUAUACUUCAAAAGAUUCCACAGCAAAUGAACAAAUGUCAGGUCAACCAAUUGCAUCUAAUCCGGAUAAUCCUGUAGUGCCACUCAUGACUAAAAAGGGUUCAACAAAGAGCACAGUAGAUGCACCUGCCAUGGAGUAUGUAGAUCUCUUCUCCAAGCUGGAAAAGUCAAAGGCACCGCGCUCGAUUGAAGUGCCAGGGACUCAGCGAAAAUCCUCCACAACGCCCACCUCCUACUUCGAUACAAUUGACCCUCAAAGUGAUAUUGUCAUAGGCCCAACCAUUCUGAGUCCUUUUGUGGAAACCAGCUCAAGUAAGGAUAAUAAAACCACACCACCAAAGACCACCACGCGCGAACUAUUGGGCAAAAUAUCGAAAAAUGUCAACGAAAAAGUGGAAAAAGCUAAGCAAAUUAUGACAAAGUCGCAAAGGCUACCCAAAACGCUGCCCAAGAAGAACCCAAAAAUGUUAAAGACGGAAAGUAAGCCCAAGAAAUCCAAGAAAAUGUUCAAAAUUUUGAAGACUCAAAUUGACGACGACAAAAGGACGCAGAAACGCAGGAAGAAAAACCUUUUGCGAAUAAUAAAAAUCAAAUUUAUCUGUAUAAAGUCGGCACGAGUGGGGCUGUAGAUUAUUUUAGGCCAAUACCAGACCGUAGGUCCCUGAAAAAUAUAACCCAAGACAGUACCAAAGUGAAGAGUCCGUUGACUGGCAAUAAACAAUUGCCAAAAAAAAUCGGCACGAAGAAAAAGAAUCCAGAAACAACUAAUGCCAAAUAUCCGGAAUCCAAUAUGCUCAACCGAAACGAGACCGAUGAUCAGGACUUAUCAGAGAAGAGGUCCCGUGGCUAUAAAGCGAGACACAAACCUGGGCAUAGUGUAACUUAUCGACAAUUGGCAGUGAAAAAAAAUCUAGGCUAUAAAAUGAAACCCAAAUCGGGCAAAACUCGUACUCAAAAUCCCAUUAAAUUAACUUCGUCUGAGACAGUGGAAACAGAUUCUGUGGACAAUAAUUGGGCAGACGAAACGGACGAAAACACGCUGAAAUAUUGGAAAAAGUCUGAGGAAAACAAAACGAAAGUUGAGGACGCCUCCUCUCAAGAAAUGCCAACUGCUUCUGAUUCAUUUGAAAAGAGACAAGAAACGGGAGACAAAUCGCAGAAGGACAUAAAGGAGAAACUACCAAUCCGUUACGAACUUUCCUCAGACUCUGACAAUAGUUCCUUUAAUCCGAAUAAAGCCAGUCUGAAGAAUACAGUGACAGAUGAGAGCAAAUUC